GGGUCACUUCUGGUCCGACCCGACGGCCGACGCUUGGUGAGGCUGGGAACGUCAGUGUUUGUGUAUGUGACGUCAUCAACCGCGCAUGCGCAGCUGUCGUUUCGUACACUUCUGGUCCGGGUAGCUGAGUAUUUAAGCAAGAUGCCCACCCAAGCAGAGAUUUUUGCUGAAUUGGGCAUCCCUGGGGGUGUAGCUGCUGGCGCUGGUGUGGGUGGCGGAGGAAGGGGAGCUGUUAAUGCUGAGGAGCUUGAAAAUGAUUCCACCAUGGAAGAACUCUGGGCAAUGAAGGCCAUGGAACACUCCGAAAUUCAUUUUAACCUAUUGUGUGCAGUAGAUCCUCGGCUACUGAAACUUACACCAAAAGAUGAUGCAAUAUAUACUGCCUUCAGAAAUGAAUUUCCUGAUUUUAAUGUGAAGAAGUUGGAGGAAAAGGAUCUCAAAAGUGCAGAAGCAAAAGAGAAAUGGAGACCAUUUUGUUUGGCAUUUGAGAAGGAAAUUGAAGACUACAGCUUUGCAACCCUCGUACGCAUAGACGGUGAGGAUGAAUAUUCAGAAUCCAACACAAUCCUCGUCACUCGCAUACAGUUCUUCUGUAUUGAGAUAACUCGCAAUAGGGAGGGGUUAAACGACGCCAUCCGAACAAAGUUCAAACCCAAGCCCCGCACCAAGAAGGGUCAGCAAUAGCACUGGGAUAUUAUGUAAAUUAAUUAUAAUGUAAGGAUAUAUCAAAGCCAUGUUAGGUGUUAAUAUGCAUUGUGUAAGCCUUUUGGUUUAUGUGACUUGACUACCUAUAAUCAUAAGCUCCUCAUUCUUUAAAGGAUCUCAUAUGGAAGAAAAGUGAUACAAUGUUUGGGUUUUUUUAAAUGUUGAAUUAAUGUGUAUAUACAUAUACAGUAUUUCACUCUGAUAUCCUCUUAAAAAGGCCUUAGAUAUUACAUUUACCUAUGUAUACUGAAGUCGUCAUAAUCUUAUAAUCUUUGUCUAUGCAGUGGUUGUGUGCGUAUAUACAUAUAAAUUGUAUGAGAAGAAACCUAAUGGUGCUGGUAUAAAGGACACCUACAGCAGUAAAUAUUCAUUUAGGCUUCAGAUUGCAGCAGUUUGAGGAAUAAAGUACAGUACACUUUUCCUCUUUAAAUUGAUAACCUUGAAUAUAAGUACUGUACUUUCUUUUGCAUUUCUCGUAUGGAUAUAUAAAAAUAUAUAAUAGUAACUAGAGAAAGAUAAGUUGUAAUAUUUGAUUCAUUAAGUUUCUCUUCUUUGAAAAGUAGUACCUUUACAGUAUAUACAGUAAGUAAAAAUUACAUACAAGAUAUACCUGUACAGCACUGUACUUUGCAACACUUAACCUUGGAAACAUGCAUGCCUUUUAAGGGGUUGAUGUUAAACAAGCAUAAAUCAUUGGUUAUGCAAGAAUUGGCUCUUAAGUCAGUCUGUCAGUUUUUCACUCAGGGUUACAAUCGAUAGAAGUUUUUGAUGCAGCUAAAAAUUGGGUUCAAUUGUGACCAGAUUGGAAUAAGGGUGUAAAAUUAAUCUUUGCAUGGUGUCCCCAGUGUUUUGUGCUACCUGUUCAAUAAAAAAUUAAUUGUUAUAAACACUGAAUUUAUCACUAUCUGUAGAAACUGACAAAGAUGAAAAAGUAUUUGGAGUGUGGAAAAUAUACUGAUCCAAUAAUGACUGAAAUAAGACAUGUGAAGAUCUUCACUUCAGAGUAGACUUGAGAUGAUGCACAUAUUUAUGACUGAAUAUAUAAAGAAUAUAUACAGUAGAACCUCA